AUGUUUUGGGGUAUGGUCCUUGUGAUAAAUCUUUUCAAGGGUAACGACUGGUCAAGGACUGGUAUAUUCCCACGUGUCACUAUGUGUGAUUUUGAGGUGCGUGAACUGGGUAAUAUUCAUCGUUGGUCGGUGCAGUGCGUACUUCCACUGAAUAUGUUCUCGGAAAAGCUUUAUAUUAUUCUGUGGUUUUGGCUUCACAUUGUUCUGGUGGUGACGUUCGUCAACUUGACCAUAUGGAUGUUCCAAAUUCUGCGUGACCAAAGUCGCAUGGACUUCAUCAAGGAAAUGCUUGAUAAUGCACAGGUGAAUGGCAAAUUAUGA